AUUCUGUCGAAGAAGAUUGCACCAACAACAAGAAAUUUCUGCAGUGAACUCAAUAAAACAGACUUUAAAUGAAAACGACUACUAACUUAAGGCAAGCUCAGCGGAGCUUAACAYAAAGUGAAGAAGAAAAAGAACUCGACACAUAAUGGUUUGGAAAGAACAAGGAAAAAGAGGAAUCCAUAGUGGACGUACAGUCCGUCGAAAUGUACUCCAUCAGCUACAAGAGGGUUUACUAGUAAAGUAUAAAGAGAACACUGCAGUUCCAUAUUCUGACAUAAAAUCACUACUUGAAGACCGCUAUGGUAUUACAGAUGGAUUGGAAAUGGGCUACAUACCAAAUCGACAAAAUAAUAAUGUACUAGAGUUAUCUUCCGAACUAGAGUUCUCUCUUGGUAAAAGAAAGAGAUGGCUUCUUCCCGACCUAGUGAAGGAGCGACUCGAAGAAGGAGACGAGUGUGAAAGCGAAGAAGAAUUUGAAGAAUCAGAAGAUCUUCAUAUCUGCUUUCACGAAAGGCAUAUUUUUGAUUUCGCCAGUAUAAACAGAGGAGAUUGUGUCUCGGUUUACAGCGAUAAAGAUGGACAACUCCAUUCCAAGCAUAAGUACUCGUAUUUCAGCGACUUAAKACAUAAAGGCAUUGACACAAAACCACCAGAGGUUAUUUAUGAAAUGUGUAAUCCCCCUUUGCUUACUUCCUGGCCAAACUUCAGAGAGGAGCAAGUGCCUAUUUSUUCCAAAGAUGGUGUGGAUCGAAAGAAAUCAAAGUGGAAAUGYAAGGGAAGAAAAAACAAAGGAAACCGUUUUGGACUUAGCAAAGAUGAUUGUGAAUUAAUGUUUCCAACAAAAAGAAUGCAUUCAAAUCCUCACGAUUGCAAAGUCAAAGUUAUCACCAAAGAYGACUUUGAAUCURCUACCAAGAACAUGAACRCUUCAAGCAAGCAUGGAAAAUUGUUCAAUCUUGAAGACUUCACARAUACUGCAGUGAAAGUGAACAAUGAAAAWMCUUCAUGUUUCUCUUCCACUUUUCAGAAGUAUGGCAAAGGGUGUGCAAUAUUUGUUGAAAGUGAUCCAAUGAAAGAAGURCURCCUAACAUCACAAAGGAGGUUCAGCAAAAGAGUUUUAUUGGUGCUCAACAUAAAGUCAACAUCAARAUGGACACUCAAGAUAUUGAACCUGCAAGGCUUUCUUGUGAAUGGAGUGACAACUACAAGGAAGGGAAAACAUCACCAAGGAAAUUUGCCAUCAAUAUUACUCCCCUUUUACCCAACAGCAAGAAAAGAAAAGUAGGAAGACUGGAGAAAGCAAUGUCCAAUUAUGCUGUCAUGUCUUCAAUGCUUGUUCUCCCUACAAACCAUUCCCGUGUAUCAAGGUUCAUGGAAAGUGUGGUUGACAGUAAUGCAGUGAAAGCAAUUGGAGAUGCCAUAGACUUUGAGUUUCAAGCUCGUGUUGUUGUGGAAGGCCUGGCAAAGAAAGCUGCAAUUUCAAAGGCUCAAGUUGGAAAUACAGCAUUCAGAAAAAUGAGGCAACUAUCCUUUGUUACAGAUAGAAUUGACUGCAUACUUCAAGAACCAGGUUUGGUUGGUAACAAUGAAAGGAUUGCAUGUCUCACAAGAUUAGUAGAAAUGGGAACUGAAUGUAUUUUAUCACUAAAAGACUUGUAA